GACAACCCCGAGGCAGUAUGGCCGACGGAAUGGACGCAGGUGGAAGCAUUACCGGAGGAGCAGGUCCACCAUGCAUUCAUCUCCCUCGUCAGGCACUGUCGCAGCCUGGCGCAGGAGAGGGACACUUACAACCAGGAGAUGCUGCGGGCGCUGUGUGGGGAGGGCGACGAGGAAGACACGUCCCAGGAGAGUGUCCAUCACCUGGGCGUCCAACUGGCUGACUGUAAGGCACAACUGCGGCGCCUUCGUCAGGAAUACGAAGAGAAGGCAGAGAGCUUGGCGGAGUACAAGGAUGAGCUGGAACAAACCAAGACGGUGGUGGGGAAGUUACGACAGGAGAAUGUGGAGCUUGUUCAAGAUGCGAGGGCAGCACGAGCGUGGCGGGACGAAGCGGACAUUCUCAGAGAACGUGCCAGCCGUGUGGAUGCUCUUGAGCAGGAGGUGGCUCGAUACCGUGACAAGAUGGCCGACAUAGAAUUUUAUAAGACACGAGUUGAGGAACUGAGGGAAGACAACAGGAUCUUGGUGGAGACUAAGGAGAUGUUGGAGGAACAACUGGCUUCAUCACGGAGAAGAGCGGAACAAGUACUUGACUUGGAAAACAACAUUCUCCAGCUGAAGCAGACCAUAAACCAAAUCACCAUUGAACGCGACUCUGACCGUGAACGGCUUCAGGAAGUUAUGGAGGAGAACGCCCAGUUGCAACUCAGCACCAAAAAUUCUCUCAGCGAGUCUGCCACAUUGGUUGCCAAGCUGGAUCAGCUCAAGUCCCAACAACCUCUGAAUGGCUCAAGUGUGGGGAGUGAUCUCAUUGGUGAUGCACAGGCCAGGGUUCUCAAACUACAGCUUGAAAAUCAGAGACUUGAAGCUGAAAAUGAACAGUUGAAGCAUGGCUCUCUCCUUGCUUCAACUGAUAAAUUAUUGGAGCUGGAAAAGGAGAAUAAGAGGCUGUCCCUUAAGGUGAACCAGUUACAGGAAAUCGGUCAGAAGGAACGGGUACAUUUACUAGAAUCUCAGGAAGAGUCGGAACAACGGCAUCAAGAAACUCAGCGCUUGCAUCAAACCAUCAAUACUGUUAAGACUAAUUCACAACGCCAGAUAGAUGAACUCCAGCAAGAAAACACUCAACUUCUAGAAUUGAUCGAGAGUCUACGCGAGAGACAAAAGAAGACGACGGACACUAGACUUCUUGACGUUGAGACGGAGAACAAGCAACUCACAGAUGUUAACUUCCAGUUGCAGAGUCAGGUGUCAAGGCUGGAGUACGAGAAACAGCAGCUAAACAGAUUAACAGAGCGUCUGAGAGAAUCUGCAGACAAGCUAUCAGAAGCUGAACACCAAAAGGCAGAAAUAGAACGGGAGAAUCGUGAUCUACUUAAGGCAAUUGGGGCCUUCCGUGAGAGUUGUGAGCGGCACGAGACCUUGGAACAUGACUAUGCCAGCCUGGAGGUGGAGUUCUCCCGGGUGUCCAAGAUGCUGGCCAACAUGAAGGAGACGGUUGACAAGCUGGAGAGUGUACAGAGUGAGAAGCUCCAGAUGCAAGUGGAAGUAGAGCGUCUUAAUAGGUCCAUGGACAGCCUCAAGACUUCAUCGGCUCGUAUGGUAGACUUGGAGUCGGAGAAGGAGUCACAGCUUCAGCAGAUUAAUCUCCUGCAGAAACAAUUAACAACGUUGAAAGCUGAGAGAAGUAGAGCUGAACAGCUGGAACUUGACCUCCUGACCACUAGUAAUGAAGUACAAAAGAAAAACAGGUCCAUUGAUACCAUCCAGAAGAAGUUAGCAGAGACAGAGAAGGACAGAGCGGAGCUGGAAAAUGAAAAUUCAAAGCUACAAAGAACCGUGGAGACACUCAAGCUAUCGACCAAAAAGCUUAACGAACUAGAGAGAGAUUUGACCGAAAUGGAAGGCACCAACGAUCGACUGGACCGCGAAAAUAAAUCCCUUCAGAAAGAGGUGUCGAGACUACGCACUGCCAUGGAGGUCAAGGAUAGUCUUAUUGAUGACGCUGCCAGCAAGUCAUCAACCCUUGAGCGGGACGUCAAGAGACUCAACAAAGAGGCGGAACAACUUAGGGGCACUGACAACAGAGUCCGGGAGCUGGAAAAGGAGAAGAGAGAGUCUGACCAACUCAUGAUGACAGAACGUAAAACUCUAAAUUGUUUAAGGGAGGACUUAAUUGCCGAGAAGGUGCGAACACAACAACUCACCAACCAACUUGACAGCCUAACUUCAGACUUAUCUAAGCUUGGCCUCAAUGCUGAUAACCUCACUGCCCCCGUCUCCGACAGUGACAACGACCGGUACAAGGCUUUGGAGUCGAUGCUUGAGGAAACACUUAAGCGCAGUGUGGAAGUUCGUGAGGAGAAAAUUGUAUCUCUUGAAUCCCGUCUCACGGAAUCUGUCAGCAGAAACAAGGAACUUCGGAAACAGUUAAUGGAGGUGAAGAGUGAGCUGGAGUCCCUGAGACAACGAUACCAGGAGGAAGAUGCAAGCUUAAGUGAGGAUGUGUCGAAGGAGGUGGCCAAACUCAGGGAUGCUCUAUACCGCACCAGUGAGGAGAAGGGAAACCUUGAAAGUGAAAUUAUUGAACUCAAGUCUCUGACUGCCAGUUACCGGGAUCAGGUGUGUGCUCUCCAGUCUCAGGUGACAUCACUAUCCAACCAGAACACAGUCAUGUCUCAGCACAAUGCCAAGCUGCAGGGGGAGAACGCACGUCUGCAAGUAGAGAACACCACACUACAGUCACAGUCUGCGUCUCUCAUAGCUCAGAAUUCUGCUUUACAGUCAUCAGCCACACAGAGCGAUACAGAGAGAGAGAAGGUGCGUCGGUCGUGUGAUGAGCGCGGCAGCCGGCUGACUCAGCUAGUUUCUGACCACGAGGCCCUUCAGCGACUCCACCAGCAGCUGACCAGAGAGUACGACAACCUUGUACUGGAGCACAACUCUCUCAAAAGCGCUCACAAAACCUUAAAACACGAGCAGAAGGAAAUGAAGGACCGUCAGAGUAACAUGUCUGCCAACGAGGAUGAGCUGCUAAAGCUCCGUGAGGCCUUGGAAGAUGAAAUGACCAAGUUGAAGACGGAUUCCACAUCCCUCGCAAACCUGCGUAGUGAACACUCCAGACUAAAGGAUGACUUCAGGAGUCUCUUCUCAGCUAACGAGAAGCUACGAACAGAGUACAAGUCUCUCCAGGGUGACUAUAAGACCAUCAAGACCGAAAACAACACUGUGAAGCUGCGGCUCACGGAACUUCGGGGGGAACUGAAUGAUGCUCGUGAUCAGAUGGCAGCUUUAGAUGUUGAAGUCUCAAAGCUCACCAACAAAUGCCAGGUGCUUCAGACCCUCAAUAUGACCCUUGAGGAGGACAGGCGGUCACUCAUGUCUCAGGUGUCGUUGCUGCUGACCCAGUACCAUGACCUCCUCACCCAGACACUGGAGGACAAGCAGCACUUCCAUCAGGAGGAGAAAAACUUCACGGACAAGUUGAAUAAUUUGCGGCGAGGGAAGGAGAAGUUGGAGGAGAAGAUCAUGGAGCAGUACCGACGCAUGGACAACUCCCCGUCUAAGAAGAAAGGUUUUGGCUCUAACCUGGUCCGCAGAGUGAGAAAAGCCGGGACGGAGCUCAUCAGUAAGGUACCCAGGAGUGGGCGGUCGAGAUCCCGUGGGCGUGAAGAGGGUGGAGACAGCCCAGACUCCUCAUCCUUGGGAUCUUCUUCACAUGCUAACGACUCACUGGAUUCCGGCUCCGAGACUCGCCGUUCCUCGCCUAACCUGCCGCCUUCCCCACUGCAUGAUGGGGAGGCUGGAGAACUGAGAUCAGGGAGGAAUGGACAAACACCUAAUCAUUAUAGGAAAAGUCUGCCACCAGCCCUCAGUGAUACCUUCACCUCGGAAAUACUCAGAGGUUCAGUAUCAUCAGAGGAUGUGGGGAGUGUGCGAUCAGGUGAUGCUAGUGACAGCCACCAGGAGGACUCUCUCUCUACAGUAACAGCCGGUAGUGGGACUGCCGAGCUUAGCCGUGCUGGUUCUCGACGCCCUGUAUACCUCACCGAAGAUUCAGAUUCCAUACCAACACGGGAUGUGGGUCCCGAACCUCUGCAAGAUAACCAGAGCCGAGGCAGAGCAUCCAUACGCAGUACAUCAUCAGCCUCUCUUAGCCAACAGGUGAUAAACAGGAGUUACAGCAGCAUCCACAGCAGCCUUCCUCCCUCCACUCCCUGCACCCCAACACCAGGAGGAGCACCACAGGCAUCGACACCAAAGACUGGUGCUCGGAGAGAACGGGCAGUGGACGACGAACCCCCUACCACUCCCCGUUUGCCACCCCGCGCAGAUCAUUCAUCCAGUGCACCACAGGUUCCCCCAAGAUCCCGUCGUGGGUCCAGCGUCAUUCAGCCAGAUUCCCUAAUCUCUAGUCAAACUUCACCUCCUGACAUUCCCGAUCCAACACCACCGAAGCCUCCACCAAGGCCACCUCCUUCAGAUGACACGCCUUUAAAGACCGGGAAAGAUAUUGUGGAUAAUUCGGUUUGGUAUGAGUAUGGGUGUGUGUAACAUCUACUGUUUAGUGGCACGGAGGAGGAACUUCCUUUAGGUAAGUGGCCAAUUGCAUCAUAAAUAUUUGACAAAUGUCUCAUUGACAUCCAUCUCAAAUGUAGCUUCAGCAGUUGUUUUACAUGCAAUUUGGUCCAAAAGGUUAAAUUUCUGCCCCUCCCCAUCCUAAAAAAACAUGCAUUUUAAGAGCUGCAAAAGUUAAGGGUGAUACUUUUGAUGUAGUGCCACAGUAAAGUUGAUUUUGUUACCUGAACUUAGUUAUGACUAGGUGUAAGUAAACCUUGUGUUUCAAAAUGCAAUACAUUUGGUGCAUGAUUUAAUGUAGUGACUUCAGAGCUCGUGGUAUUGACUGUAAUUUGUGAUGAAACGUGACUUCAGCUGAUCUCAAACAGUUUAUCAUCUGUUAGGUAGAUCAGGUGUAUUCCUUAUUGGUAAUGUUGCAGUUUAUGUAUACUGCUUGUGAUUUAUUUGUACAUAUAUCAGAGGGCACAACAAUUUAUUUGUACAUACAUAUGUAGUUUUUUUUUUUUUGUCAGCCACUGUAUUUUGAUUUUUCUAUACGUUUGUAGAGAGAUCUAAAUGGAGAGUGUGCGUCUUGUAAUUUAAAUGCAUAUCAUUUUCAUUUCACUUAUAUUCUGUAUCAUCAAAAUCUAGAAUAAUCAUUCAUUUGAUGUAAGAGACCUUCGUGUAUUGAGUCAAUCUUGUGAUGUCCUGUGGCUUGCUAGGCUGUUCCUGGAGACGUUCGGCCGAGUCUAGCGGUAAUACUCCAUUGACCUCGUUUAUAUCGGUUAGUUUUCAAAGGGUAGUUUAUUGAAUGCAGUGUUCAUUAAUAAGUUUCUAGUGCAGAAUAUUCUUUUUUUAUAAUUCACAUAAUUUAAAAUUUUUGAAGUUGAUAAUCAUUAAUUCCUAUCCAGUUAACCAAGUUGUGUACCAUUGUUAUAGUAUGUUGAACACUUGCUUAAAGUCUGGAUCCAACAGCGGAGUGAACAACAAAAGGUGUCUGGAGUGUUACGGUACAACUCUGGUUGUCUCUUGGUGUAGGUGAUGUUAGCUUGUUCAGUCGAGAUGUGCAUUUGUAGUGUUCCUAAUGGCAUACCUGUAUGUAGUACAUAAGGCAGUCUUAAUCUCAUGGUGUUACACAGGUUUUUAUUUUUUUUCUACAAUUCAUUAUACUUAUGAAAAAAAAUCAUUACUAAUUUUAUGUAGAUUGGUCUAUGGAGAGAAGUUUUCAUGGUUCUUACCCAAGAUAAGUGCACAUGGUCCAAAAAGUAUCUUUAUGGAGGUGUCUGAUGAAUUUCAAAAUGAACUCUGUGACUUCUGUUGUCAAAUCCUUCAUCCAUUGUGUCAUAUUGCCUAACACAAAAUUGUAAGAGAUACUUUUUGGAUUGUGUGUACAAGUCUUGAGUAAGGAAUUUUUUGUUUGUUUAAGUUUUUACAUUUUAGGUAUUGUAGUGUUUCAGCAAUUUUCUCAAACCUGAACUCUUCAUACCACAAAGAGAUACAGUACGGUCCAGAGGAUGUGUCCAGCGUCAAUGCUAAACCUUUUCAUUAGGUAAGAUAGAAGUGAUUUUUUGGUAGAUAGAUCUAAUCUGUGUAUAAUUUGUAAUGAUUUUUGAGAUGUAAAUUGUUUCAAAACUCAACCUGUGACAAAUUUAACCUUCGAUAAUCAAUGUAGUUUAACAGUCCAAAAUUAUGAACAGCUAUGGUUAGUACCACAUCCAUCAAAUUUUACUGUUGAAGGAAUAUAAUGAUUACUAGGCAUUAAGACUAUUUCGUUCAUGGUCUUUUUGAUCAAGAUGUACAGUCCCCAUAAGAAGUAUUGUUAGAUUUUCCAUCACUAAAUUUGAAACACUUGACAAAAUGCUUUGACGUGAUCCCCAGUGCAUCAUCAUAAGUUGAUAUGCUUGCUUGCCAUAUCAGCAACAGAUAGAGAUGGGGUUAGGAUUGUGGAGAGUCAUCCUUGUAUAGCAUAUAUGAGUUACUUCAAUAUAACAAGAUAUCCAUUAAGCAGUAUUUGUAUUAUUUGAAAACAUAUACAGUAUACUCAUUCAUGCUCAAAGGUCGCAGGUGUAGAACUACCAGCUAUACAGAAACAGAGCGAGUAACAUUGUUCAGAAAGCCUCGAAUCACAUUGACCCCAUGGCUAACGAUACUUUUUGGGGGGGGACUUUGCAUUGAGGAAUUAUAUAAGUAAUCAACCACCUUAUUCAUUCAGGUGUCAUGUAUGUAAUAACUGCAUGUGUCAAGUCCUCAAGUCUGAUCUUGUAUGUUAACCUAUGCAUUACUCGACUGAUCUUGGUUGAGAUACUUUUAACAUUUCUUGUUCAGCUUAAACUAUUGAAACAUGACUUAUGCUUCAAGAUUGCAGGGCAGCAUGAAUUAAAAGAAAUAUGAGUGUAAA